AUGGGCGCCAAAAAGUUCUUCAAGGAGAGAUCGCUCAAGGUCUCGGAUAAGAAAGUCACCAAGGCAGCGGAGCUCACCUUGCGAGAAUCCAUCUGGCCUAUUGCGCUUGUUACUGUUCUCUUCUUCCUCUGGGGUUUCAGUUAUGGACUCCUUGAUACGCUGAACAAGCACUUUCAAAAGGUGCUGCAUAUCGAUCGUGCGCGAUCGGCAGGUCUUCAGGCUGCGUACUUUGGUGCUUAUCCUCUUGCGUCGCUGGGACACGCUGCGUGGAUCCUUCGUCAUUAUUCGUACAAGGCUGUGUUCAUCUGGGGUCUUUGCUUGUAUGCUGUUGGCGCGUUGAUUGCUAUUCCGUGUAUCAAGGCAAAGUCGUUUGCUGGGUUUUGCAUGUCCAUCUUCAUCAUCGGAAACGGACUUGGUUCUCUUGAGACUGCUGCUAACCCAUUCAUCACUGUUUGCGGUCCUCCUCGAUACUCGGAAAUUCGCAUCAACAUCUCCCAAGCCUUCAACGGUAUCGGCACCGUCAUUGCUCCCGUCCUCGGCUCAUAUGUGUUCUUCAACAAUCUUGACGAUAACGCAGCGCUCGCCAACGUGCAAUGGGUCUACCUCUCCAUUGCCGUCUUCGUCUUGAUCCUGGCGUGCCUCUUCUACGUCUCCAAGAUUCCAGAAAUCACCGACGCUGACAUGGCCUUGCAAGCUCAAGAGACACAUUCGGAAGCCGAUGAUAAACCCUUCUAUAAACAGUAUAAGCUCUUCCAUGCUUCAUUCGCUCAGUUCUGUUAUACCGGCGCGCAAGUUGCUAUCGCGAGUUUCUUCAUCAACUACGCGACUGAGAUGCGCAAAGGAACAUCAGACUCAAUGGGAGCUAAGCUCUUUGCCGGCGCACAAGCAGCCUUUACCGUCGGGCGUUUCUUCGGAACGUUUCUCAUGAAGUUCUGCAAGCCGCGAAAGGUGUUCUUCGUGUUCUUGACUAUGUGCAUUGUCUUUAUCGGACCGCCUAUCGUCCAUCACGGAACAGCUGGUGUAUCAUUCCUCUAUAUCGUUCUCUUUUUCGAGUCUAUCUGCUUCCCUACCAUUGUUGCUUUAGGUAUGAGAGGUCUUGGUCGCCAUACUAAGCGAGGAAGUGGUUUCAUCAUUGCUGGUGUUAUUGGCGGUGCCUGUGUGCCUCCCCUGACAGGAGCUGUUGCAGAUAUGCAUGACGUUGGUAUCUCGAUGGUUGUACCCAUGAUGUUUUUCGUCGCAGCCUGGUCAUAUCCCAUUGCUGUCAACUUUGUCCCCUCUUACAAGAAGGUGGUUGACGUUUUCUACGAGGCAGACAUUGGUCUUGGAGAGCGAACUCUCGAUGAAGAGAAGAUUCAAGGUACACAGCAUGAGGAGAAAGAUAUGACGGCACGCGCUUGA